AAAAAAAUCAUGUCUCUCGCGGUCGGCGCGAUCGCUGCUUGCGUCAUUGCAGCCUUCAUUCAUCACCUUUGUUUUUUGGUUUUUUUCAGCCCCCUGUCUAGAAUCCCAGGCCCUCGAUUAUUCGCCUGGACUGGGGCGAAACUUGCGUAUGAGGACUACAAAGGCACUCGAACCCGCAAAAUCCACUCCAUUCAUGUGGAAUACGGUCCCGUUGUCCGCAUUGGUCCCAAUGAAGUGUCGUUCAACAGCAUUUCGGCGCUCCGGACGAUCUAUGGCGCUGGGAGUGGGUUCCAAAGAACCGGCUUUUACAAAAUGUUCGAGGCGUAUGGACGAAAAAAUAUGUUCUCGUUCUCCACGGUGAAAGAACAUGGGGAAAGAAAGAAACUAUUUGCCCACGCUUAUGCAAAGUCUGUCAUGAUCAAAGGAGAUAACGCUACGAUGGUGGAACAAAAAGCCAAAUUGUACUUGGAGCUCCUCGAAAAGGACGGUCCAACGAGCGAAAUAUUUUCCACCUUGCACUACUUUUCCAUCGAUAAUAUCACCGAGUUUCUGUAUGGAAAAUAUGGGAAAACAUCAUGUCUAGAGGGGUCCAAGAGUGAUCGUGAACUUAUCGAAGAUAUCAUCGAUGUUUCUCGGCGCAGGCUUUCGUGGUACUCGGUCCAUUUUCCGGGGUUUACCAAGUGGCUCUAUGCCCAGAAUGGCAUUUUGGGAUGCGUUACGAGUCAGUUUUACCCCAUGCAGAAGCCCACGACCUAUUCCGGCAUCAGAAACCAUGCGAUGAAAGCCUGCCAGAAAUUUGGGUCGGCGCCCGACAAUGAAAAGAUUAAUGAAAAGUCUUUAAUCGCAAGAUUGUGGAAUCAGCAUGCCUCUCGCAAGGAUGGCGGGCUGGAUGAUCUCGACAUCGCGUCCGAAUGUGCGGACCAUCUUCUCGCAGGGAUCGACACCACCAGCGACACAUUGAUGUUUUUGAUCUGGUCCCUCUCGCGGCCGCAGAAUACUGAAUUCCAAAAGAGGUUGAUUGAGGAGGUCAAGAACAUACCCGAAAGAGACUUGAAUGCGGAUGGAAUCCCAAAGACGGAUGCUUGCGACAAGCUUCCCUACGUGGAUGCAGUGAUCAAAGAAACACUUCGGCUGUAUGCCCCCCUACCAGGGUCUGAGCCACGCUCACUUCCCACAGCCACCACCAUUGAUGGCUACUCCAUCCCAGCCGGGACCACAGUUUCAAUUGCUCCAUACACGCUUCACCGAAAUCCCGAGGUCUUUGUCGACCCACUGAAAUUCAACCCGGAUCGCUGGCUAGAAUCUUCGGCCGACUCGGUGAAGAUGAAGCAGUGGUUCUGGGCGUUUUCUAGUGGAGGAAGAAUGUGUAUCGGAAUGCACCUUGCGAUGGCUGAGAUGACAACCCUUGUUACUGCAAUAUACAGAAACUACACCACGGCCACCAAGGGUGGGUUUGAUCUUGUUUCCCCAGGUAUUACCGCUCGUUAUGAAGUCUUCUACGAGGAAAGCUGUAGCGGAAUGAGGGAGCAUGAAUGCCAGGUUGAGUUCUCGCGUCAU